GAUUAGAUAUUUGCUAAGUGGGCAUUUCUGGUUACACUAAGAGCAAUGGCUAGCUUUAAGCAAGGAAUUAUAAGGCAAGCUUCCCUUCAUGAAACUCCUGUACCAAAUGCCAGCAGAGAUUCAAUUGAAGCUACACCACUCUUGAGUAGCAAUGACCAGAAAUAUGGAAGGAAUGGUUGAACUGAUGUACAAGACAAUGUAAUUGUCCAGUUGUCAAAGGGAUUCGACUUCAAGGUCAUGUGAUUCCUAAGGAGAACAUUCAGCCUGGUUAUUUCAGCUGCUAUCGCUCCACUGCUGCUGAGAAGACCAAUCGAACCACAAUCACUGGUACGGAGAGUCUGCAUGCAGGUGCUGUCGAGUAUGAGCUGGGGGUGGAGUCUAGAGUGACGACCAGGGAAUGCAGUGGUAUGUGAUUAAGAUCAAAAAGGUUUGUCCAGUUGUCCUUGCCUCAAUUAAUGUACAAUGAUGAGAGUGAAUUAAUGACAGUACACCUAUAACUAAGGAGAUGUUCAACCAAUUACGUGUCUGUUUUAGCCUGAGCUUAAUACCAUAAGCCUGGUAACCGGUAAUUGUGUGAGUGCAUGACUGGCUGUCUGAAACUAGAGAAUCUGAAUUGGAAUGUUUCACUGCUCGCUCAAAUGGUGUCUGAUUACAAAGCGCAGAACAGCUGAAUAUUCAAGUAAUGCGGACUAAAACCUGUAAGUAUUUAUAGAUUACUGCCCAUCUGUUUACAAUGAUGUAAUUAAUAUAUAUGGGAGUGCCACAUUUACAUAGAUUAUAUACACAGUAAAAAAAGAGUUGAUAUAUACAAGUGAAUGAUGGCCUUCAGUAUCGUUACAUUAAUUUUGGCUGUAACUAUUUGCAUUUCAAUUGGACAUGCACAACCAGGUAAGUGGUAUGUCCUGUAUACCUAUCAUGAAGGGAACAUAACAUUUCUCCUGGCAGUGUUUCUGACUUUGAGAUCAACUACCAUCACCAUCAACAACACUAAUAUCCUCAUCACUGCUAUCGGAGAGGAUGCUAAUGGUGGUCUACCUCCUCUCACGUGUCACACUGACCUCACUGCCUGCUGUAGAAGUAGAGCUGACAACAAUGGUAAUGGAGGACUGGGACAUUGGGCGUAUCCUAAUGGGAGUGUGAUACUGAACAAAUAUGCUUCAGCGAAUGCUGGACAGCAGUUUUACAUUGUGAGGAAUGCUUCCCAACUCAUCAGACUGGCUCGUAGAGAAUUCGAAAGUAUUAACUUUCUAAAUCUAACCGGGUCCUACUGUUGCACUGUGCCAACUAUGAGAGGAGACAUGACACUUUGUGCCAACUUGGUGGUAUGCCCAUCUCUCACUCUGACCAACGGGAUAAUAUCCUACUCCAACUCAACACUUACUGUGGCUACUCAUACUUGCAAAAAAUGGUUCCCUCUGGUUGGAGACAAUACUAGAACGUGCUCUAACUCUGGUAGCUGGUCUGGAUCAGCACCACAUUGUCGAGUGUUUUGCAGAGAUUUAGACAAGCAUAUGGCAGAUAUCACUAUUAUGUACAACGAUGGUACCAGAGAUGAUAGACCACCAGGCACCGAAGCCAUUUACGAUUGUCACACAGGAAACACUCUUAAUGGUGAAGCAGUGAGGAGGUGCCAGGAUGAUGGAACAUGGAGUGGUAUAGCCCCUACAUGUCAACCUGUGGAUUGUGGGCAGAUCUUUGCUCCUUCACAUGGACAAAUAAGCUUAACGAGAGGGACACUCUUCAACAGCCAAGCCGAGUACACCUGUGACAACUGUUUCCGUAUGAACGGAGUUUCAGUACGUAUUUGUGGGGCAGAUGGAGACUGGGUUCCUGAUCCACCUACUUGCCGAGUUCUCAGUGACUGUGGCCGGCUCACUGCUCCCAUGAAUGGAACUGUUGAGAGCUCUCCCAACACUGAGUGUGGCAGUGUGGCCACCUACAGUUGUGCUAGCGGCUUUGUCUUGGAGGGGGUGGUCUCACGAUUGUGUCAACAAGAUGGGCAGUGGUCUGAUGAAAUGCCAAGCUGUGAUCCCGUUGAUUGUGGGCCUUUAAUAAAUCCUCAAAAUGGAACUGUCAACACAUCCUUGGGGACUACCUAUACACGUGAGGCUAUCUACUCCUGUAAUAGUGGAUAUUGUCUGAAUGGACCCGAGAGACGUACAUGCAAUGCUGACCGACAAUGGAGACCGGAAGCCCCUACUUGCAAUCCUGUGGAUUGUGGUCCCCUCCUUAAUCUUACUAAUGGACGAGUGGACACAUCGUCUGGAACAAAAUUUAUGGAUAGAGCUAACUACACUUGCUAUGUUGGGUACGAUUUAGUUGGAGUAAGCUCAAGGGAGUGCCAAGAAGAUGGUCAUUGGUCUCAUUCAGAACCAGUUUGUAAAAUUGUUGAUUGUGGUCCACUGGAGCCUCCCGAGAACGGACAACCUAAAAACACUGAGUUGAGAACAACCUACACGAGUGUGGCUGUGUUUUGUUGUGAUGAAGGUUACGUAUUAAACGGAGCAGCUAGUCGUACAUGUACUGCCAGUGGAGAUUGGUCAGCAUCAGCACCAUCAUGUGACCCCAUGGAUUGUGGUGUUCUUGAGGCUCCAGCUAAUGGUCAUGUGAACACAUCUCAAGGCACUCACUUUAUGGACACUGUCGUGUACAGCUGUGCCACAGGCUACAACCUCACUGGAUGCCCCUCAGCUGUGUGUCAGUCCAAUGGCACCUGGUCAUGUGACCCUCCCUUCUGUGCCGACAAUACAAUGAUCCAACUCAAGUUCGGGCCAACUCGCUAUUGUGUGGAGUGGACUGAUGAAACGGUUAAUUUGAUGUACAAGAUCAUGCACAUUGCCAUCACCAAGGCAGUACAAAGUCAAAAGAGUGGAAAUGACAUUCCCAUGAGGAAUAUUCAACCUGGCUACUUCACAUGUUACAAAUCCCCGACAAGGACGACGUAUCGAACCACGAUCACUGGUACGAAGAGUCUGAGUGCUGUUGAGUAUGCUGAGUUAAUUAGCGAGUGGGUGGAGUCUGGAGUGACCACCAGGGUGCUGUGGUACGCUAUUAAGAUGGAAAAGGCCUGUCCAGUGGUCAUUGCCUCCAUGUACGAGGAGGAGUGUGAAUAACUGUCCAAUUAAAACCUGGAGACAUUGUUGCUGCUAGCUAAAAACACAUUUUUUUUUAUUAAUAAGUGACUGUAGCCACUGUGCUGUACCAGAGGUGCUGCAUACAUGUACAUGUAUGUAUACCAAUGUAGCAAAAGUUCACAUUAUUAAAAUAGAGAAAAAUCGG